AAAAAGGAAGCGGCUGGAAGGAGCACAGUAUAAAAACUCCGAGCAGCGCUAGAAGAUGAGCUAUCAACUUUACCGCAAUACGACAUUGGGAAACAGUCUACAGGAGAGUUUGGAUGAGUUAAUACAGUCACAGCAGAUUAGCCCACAGCUUGCUUUGCAAGUAUUACUGCAGUUUGACAAGGCUAUCAACUAUGCUCUCUCCAGCAAAGUCAAGAGCAAAAUUUCGUUUAAGGGUCACUUGAACACAUAUAGAUUUUGUGAUAAUGUCUGGACCUUUGUGCUAAACAAUGUAGAAUUCAGAGAAGUUGGUGAACUUGUCAAGGUAGAAAAAGUGAAAGUAGUGGCCUGUGAUGGAAAAGCAUCAGCUGCAGAUGCUGGGGGCUCAUGAGUGAUGGCUUAGCAGUUUCUGAUCUCAAGCUUUAAACAUAACAACCAGCAGUGAUUCUUCCAGCUACAUUGACAGCUGAUUGAUGUGACUUUUCUCUUUUAAAGGAAACAUUUUGCCUUUUUUUUUUCUUGAACUGAUAGGUUUCAAACUAACAAUAUUUUCACUACAGUUUUAUCAAUGUGUGGCAAAAAUUGCUUUUAACUAGGAAGAGUCUUUUCCUAAAGAAUGUGCAACACACAUGUAGACCUACAUAGAGAAGUCACAUGGAGUAAUCUAGCCAUAUACUGAACACCACUGUUGGUCAAGUGCAUAGGAUUUAUUUUAUUAGAACAGUAGUAAAUUAAUAUUACUCGUUAUAGGAUAUUUCAUGGAGGUGCAAGGAAUAUAACUUGUUUCUAUUAAUUUAGGUGAUAACAUACAUUUAGAUGAUCUUAUUCAUGUCCAGCUAAAUCAGAAUAUAUUUUAAACUUGCUCAGACCAUCAAAACAGGAAGCGAGCAAAAUAGACACAAAUCAGUUUCAUGCAACUUGUAAUUCUAAAUGGCCCUCUAAAAAUUAUUGGAAAAUACAAAAAGGAACCAAACUGACAAACAAAAUGUUAUUCAAAUAUAUACAUAUGUACAGUGCUAAGCCAAUAAUAUUUGUUUGUUUGAUGAACAGUGUUAAAUAAAGUUGAAUCACUUGAUUGGAACCUGCUGUUCCAAGCUGACUAUCAUAAA